AUUGUAUCCUAAAACCAAUCUCUUAAGAAUUGGUGAGAACUUCCAUCUCCAAAACCAGCAAAGAGCCUUUCAUCUCUCACUUUGUCUUUCAUCAGUAAUGACGCUUCAAAGAGCUUUAACUCACCGUCGUUUAUUCCCCACCACCACCGCCAACAAAGUCUCCACCCUCUCGUUUCGUAACCCAUUUUCAUCCUCAUUUUUAGAGGGAACUUUCAUCCCGCUCGAGUCAUCCAAAACAACGUUUGAUCGUCAAUAUGUCUCAUUACCGGAUUCAACUGAUCACGGAUUUUUCAGAAAGUUUCUUCAGAAGAGAACUUUUUAUCAGUCAGAGGUUCAGUCAUUACCAAACGGAGAAAAAUUUAUGGAGAAGUUAAAAUCUAUGGGUAUUAAAAGAGAUCGUAUUCGACUAGAAGGAUUAACCCCUCCGAUGCUUCCUCCAUUGGAGAAGAGGAAUUCUCCAUCAAGGACAUCACGAACUACUGUUGCUACUACCCUAGAUGGAAUUGUAAUCUCAGUUAAUGAUGCCAAGAAAUUACUUAAGCUAUCUCAGCUGGAAACGUUGAAAUCUACUCUUGGAAGAAUUCCUCAGGAUUCCAUUACUUACCCGGAGUUUCUCAAGAUGUGUGUUGAUUCUGCGGGAUCUAACCAAGGUUCAGAGCUCGCCAAAAUAUUAGAUGAAUCUGGCUCGGUUAUUGUUCUAGGAAACAUUGUUUUCCUCCGUCCCGAACAGUUGACAAAGGCAAUACAGAGUGUAAUCCCUUUACCAAUAUGCGAUAAAAAUGACGCAAGAAAGACUGAAUUCGAAAACAUGGAAAAAGAGAAAGAAAUAAUUGAUGCAAAAGCAGAAGUAUUGGUGAAGAGAGAAUUGUGGAGUGGAUUAGGACUGUUAGUUCUACAAACAGCCGGAUUCAUGAGAUUAACAUUUUGGGAGUUAUCAUGGGAUGUGAUGGAACCCAUUUGUUUCUUUGUCACAUCCGUGUAUUUCAUGACUGGUUAUGCAUUUUUCCUAAAGACGUCCAAAGAUCCAUCUUUCGAAGGGUUUUUUCAAAAUCGAUUUGGCGCCAAACAGAAGAAACUAAUGAAGUCUUCUAAUUUUAAUGUGGAGAGGUAUAAUGAAUUGAAGCGAGCUUAUUAUCCAUCUCCAGCGGCAUCAAAAGCAGUUUCAUCGUCAUCAUUUGGUCAUACUAAUGCACCGUCGUCCACUUAUGCUCUCCCUUACAUAUAAAUGAAAAAUAUAUAUACAGACAUAUAUUUAUUGGAUAACCAUGAGUGGUACACGUCUUAGAGCUGAUUAAUUUAGCGGUAGCCAAACUAACAUCCACAUCAUCAUAUUUAUAUAACAAAAAAAAAAAAAAAAAAAAAAAAAAAAAAAGAAAAAAAAAAAAAAACAUA